AUGAAUCCGACAACUUCUGAGGAAAUUACUCUCAAUACUCGUGGAUAUCGCUUGCUUGAUAAAUUGGGUCAAGGUUCUUAUGCAAAAGUUUAUUUGGGCGAGUUCAAGGUCAAAAGUCAAGGUCAAGAAGAAACGGAGCGAAUUACGCAUUUGGCUUGCAAAGUAAUUGACAUUAACAAAGCCCCGUCAACUUUUGUGGAGAAAUUUCUUCCUCGUGAAUUAGAAAUUUUACUGAAGCUCAACCAUCCGCAUGUCAUCCAUACUCACAGUUUGUUCCGACGAAAGAGCAAGUACUACAUUUUCAUGCGAUAUGCCGAGAAUGGCGAUUUAUUAGCUUUUAUCAUCAAAAAUGGACUUAUUCGAGAAAAUCAGGCGAGGAUUUGGACAAGACAACUAUGUUUGGGGCUUCAAUAUCUUCACACCCUUGAAAUCGCUCAUCGUGACAUAAAAUGCGAAAAUAUCCUCGUCACGGGAAAUUUCAAUGUAAAACUUGCGGAUUUUGGUUUUGCGAGAUUUCUUUUAGACGAACGAAUGAAUCCUGUGUUAAGCAAAACUUUUUGUGGCUCUCUUCAAUACGCAGCUCCCGAAAUCAUCAAAGGAACGCCUUACAACCCAAAACUGUCAGAUGUUUGGGCACUUGGCGUCGUUGUCUUUACCAUGCUGAACAAAUCGAUGCCCUUCGACGAUGACAACGCAAAAUCUCUGUACAACCAUCAAAUCAAACGUAAAUGGCGAUUUCGUACAAAAGUCGUUGACAAACUUUCGCACGAAGUUAAGUCUCUAAUCAAGAAAAUGCUUGAACCAACAAUCGAAGAAAGAAUCAAACUCGACGAAGUAAUUGCCUCGAAAUGGAUUCAAAUGGAUGACAGACUCAAAAGUUUGCUUCCAGAUGAAUUUGGAGCUCUGAUAAAAGCCAAAGAGCAUAUUCAGAUGGUUAAAAAUGGAACUUUAAAACUUAAAAAUAUCCGAGAUCAUCAUCCCGACAUCUCAAAUGACGUUGAAAAAGCACGAAAAGAAGAACAAACAGCCUCAAACACAACUGUCGACAUGAAAACGAAAGGCUACUCCUUCAUUGAGUCAAAAAUUACGCCAACAUCAACCAUUAAACUCAUGCAAGACAAGACUUUGAUCUUGAAAUAA